CGCGGAGCCCGAGGCUCCGCCCGGGAGGAGCGGGCCGCUCCCCAGGGGCGGGGCAGACGGCAAGAUCACACCCCGGCGCCGCGACCUGCCCAUUCUCGGCCAAGAUGGCGCUGGCAUCGGGAGUGCGCGUCCCCGCGCGCGCCCUGCUCCGUCCGUGGGCGCUGCUCUGGGGCACGACCCUUGGGCGCAGAGAGCCGGCGGCCGGCGGCGGCGGGGAUGGCGAGCGGCGCUUCGGGAGCCAGCGGGUGCUGGUGGAACCGGACGCGGCCGCAGGGGUAGCCGUGAUGAAGUUGAGGAAUCCCCCCGUGAACUCCCUGAGCUUGGAGCUGCUGACGGAGCUGGUCAUCAGCCUGGAGAAGCUGGAGAACGACAAGACCUUCCGUGGCGUCAUCCUAACUUCUGACUGCCCCAGGGUCUUCUCCGCCGGCCUGGACCUGACGGAGGUAUGCGGGAGGAACCCGGCCCACUACACCGAGUACUGGAAGGCCGUGCAGGAGCUGUGGCUGCGGACGUACCUGUCCAGCCUGGUGCUGGUUGCCGCCAUCAACGGAGCCUGCCCCGCGGGGGGCUGUAUGAUGGCCCUUUCCUGUGACUUCCGGGUUCUGGCUGACAACCCCAAGUACCACAUAGGGCUGAACGAGACCUUGCUGGGCAUCGUCGCCCCCUUCUGGCUCAAAGACGCGUAUGUGAACACCAUCGGGCACCGCGCCUCGGAGCAGGCCCUGCAGCUGGGAUUGCUCUUCCCACCAGCAGAGGCUCUCCAGGUGGGCCUGGUGGACCAGGUGGUGCCGGAGGACCAGGUGCUGGGCGCGGCGCUCUCGGCGAUGGCCCGGUGGCUGGCCGUUCCAGAUCACGCGCGCCAGCUGACCAAGAACAUGAUGCGAAAGGCCACGGCAGACCGCCUGCUGAGGCAGCGCGACGCUGACAUCCAGAACUUCAUCAGCUUCAUCUGCAGAGACUCCAUCCAGAAGUCGCUGCAGGUGUACUUGGAGAAGCUCCGACAGAGGAAAGGCUGAGGGCAGGGCUGCCCACCAGGGUUCUGGCCGAACCCACCCUAACGGGCACCGUGGCUCUAGAGGACUUAAGUCCGGUCUUUUCCAAUUUAAAAUUACUUCCAGCUCUUUGUUUUACCCAUCUCCCUAGAAGGCCCUGAUCCUCACAGCCAUAGUCCCGAGGCCUGCUGCCAGACCUUGGCAACAUCACCAUUGAGCGCAUGUGCUGUUUUUUCCCAGAGCAGAAUAAAGUCCUCAAGUUUCCCGUU